AUGCCGGUGCGGCGGGGUCACGUCGCGCCGCAGAACACCUUCCUGGGGAUCAUUAUCCGCAAAUUCGAGGGUCAGAAUAAGAAGUUUGUGAUUGCAAACGCACGUGUGCAGAACUGCGCCAUCAUCUUCUGCAAUGACGGCUUCUGCGAAAUGACGGGCUUCUCUCGGCCGGACAUCAUGCAGAAGCCGUGCACGUGCGACUUCCUGCACGGCCAGUUGACCAAGCGGCACGCCGUCGCGCAGAUAGCGCAGGCUCUGCUCGGGUCAGAGGAGAGGAAAGUGGAGAUCAUGUACCAUCGCAAGGAUGGUUCGAAUUUCCUGUGCAACACCCACAUCAUUCCCGUGAAGAACGAAGAGGGCGUGGUCAUGAUGUUCAUCUUGAGCUUUGACUACAUCCUGGACGACGGGAGCAUGGACUCGCUGGAGCGCAUCAACCACACGUCGCCGUCCAGACCCCAACACAGAAAGGGCCGUUUCUUCCGUUUUCGCUUCCCAAUGCCACUAAGCAUGUUGGGGCUGAGUAAGCAGUCCCUUCCCCAGGAGGACCCCGACGAGGUGACCGUCUACUCGCCUGAACAAAUGGACAUGCACUCGUCCUGCUCGUCCUCUUCCUCCCUGUCUCUCUCACUCUCACCGCAUGAGCUCCGCCCUUCCACACAAGACAGCUGCAGCCCUUCCUACGCCAAUGACACCAGGGCUCUGAUUGGCCAGAAUCUGCUGGACGACUCCUCUCCUGCCUCUGGGCCUGAGGACCAGUCCUCGCCACGGGACACGAGGGAAAGGACGGAACCUUCCGGGUCAGUGGGCAGCGGGAGUGUGUGUACGCUGCGCAGAGCCUCGUCCACGCAUGACCUCGACGGCUUCAAUACGCCCGCGGACAGGACGUACCGCGGUCGCCAUGCUAGCGAAGACAAUGGGCGAAGCAUUAAAGUAUCGCGCUCUUGGAUGGCUGGGGGGCCGUUCAGCCAGAUCAAGUGCAGUCUUCUGGGCUCCACGUCCGACUCGAACCUCACCAAAUACAGCACCAUCAACAAGAUCCCACUCAUCACGCUGAACUUCUCUGAGACCAGCAAUGACAAACGCCCCGCCUCACCGCCCUCCUCAGAGAAAACCAUCAUCGCCCCGAAGGUCAAAGAUCGCACGCACAACGUCACGGAGAAAGUCACGCAGGUGUUGUCUUUGGGUGCGGACGUGCUUCCGGAGUACAAGCUUCAAACGCAGCGCAUCGACAAGUUCACCAUCCUGCACUACAGCCCUUUCAAGGCCGUGUGGGACUGGCUCAUCCUGCUGCUGGUCAUUUACACGGCCAUCUUCACCCCGUACAGCGCCGCCUUCCUGCUCAACGACCCCGAGGAGAAGAAGAGGCGCGUUUGUGGCUACUCGUGUAACCCGCUCAACGUGGUCGACCUCAUCGUGGACAUCAUGUUCAUCGUCGACAUCCUCAUCAACUUCCGCACCACGUACGUCAACGCCAACGACGAGGUGGUCAGCCACCCGGCUAAGAUCGCCGUGCACUACUUUAAAGGGUGGUUCCUUAUCGACAUUGUGGCCGCCAUUCCCUUUGACCUCCUCAUAUUCGGAUCGGGAUCAGAGGAGACCACAACUCUGAUUGGUCUAUUAAAGACGGCCCGGCUGCUCCGGUUAGUACGCGUGGCCCGUAAGUUGGACCGUUACUCUGAGUAUGGCGCCGCCGUGCUCAUGCUGCUAAUGUGCAUCUUUGCGCUGAUCGCGCACUGGCUGGCAUGUAUCUGGUACGCCAUCGGCAACGUAGAGAAACCCUAUCUGGAGCACACCAUCGGCUGGCUCGACAACCUCGGCAUGUCCAUCGGCAAGCAGUACAACUACAGCGACCCGUCCUCGGGCCCGUCAAUCAAGGACAAGUACGUGACGGCGCUGUAUUUCACGUUUAGCAGCCUGACGAGCGUCGGCUUCGGGAACGUCUCGCCCAACACCAAUUCAGAAAAGAUAUUCUCCAUCUGCGUCAUGCUGAUCGGAUCCCUGAUGUAUGCCAGCAUCUUCGGGAACGUUUCAGCAAUCAUCCAGCGUCUGUACUCGGGAACGGCGCGAUAUCACCUGCAGAUGCUCCGUGUCAAGGAGUUCAUCCGCUUCCACCAGAUUCCCAACCCACUGCGUCAGAGGCUGGAGGAGUAUUUCCAACACGCCUGGACCUACACCAACGGCAUUGAUAUGAACAUGGUGCUGAAGGGAUUUCCUGAGUGUCUGCAGGCUGAUAUCUGCCUACACCUCAAUCAGUCUCUGCUGCAGGGCUGUAAGGCGUUCCGAGGGGCCAGUAAAGGGUGUUUGCGUGCUUUGGCUAUGCGCUUUAAGACGACACACGCUCCGCCAGGCGAUACCCUGGUGCACUGUGGGGAUGUGCUCACCGCUCUGUAUUUCCUCGGCCGAGGAUCUAUAGAGAUCCUGAAGGACGACAUCGUGGUGGCUAUUUUAGGCAAAAACGAUAUCUUUGGUGAGAUGAUCCAUCUCUAUGCCAAGCCGGGUAAAGCCAACGCAGACGUGCGAUCUCUCAGCUACUGCGACUUGCACACCAUCGAUAGAGAAGAGCUGCUGGAGGUGUUGGACAUGUACCCAGAGUUCGCUGAUUACUUCUGGUCCAACCUGGAGCUCACGUUUAAUCUGCGUGAUGAGAACGCAAAGUUCGGUGGUGCUCGCCAGAGGAACCUGUACACGCCAGUGAGUGACUCCGAGCAGGAGGAGAUCAACACCAGGUCGAAAGCCUGCUUUAAAAGCAAGACCUCUACAGGGACUCCGAGUCGACACAGAGUGGUGGAGAGAAAUACAGGGACGCUGCAGGGAGAGGAGGAGAAGAGAGGUGAGGAAGAGAGAAAUUUGGGCUUGGGGAUGCUUGGCCAAUCCCUCCCUCUCAAUCUGGAUGCUCUCCCAGACUCUCAUGCUAAGGACUGCGCAGUGUUUUAUAAAGAUGUGUGCGCUGACAAACAGCCUUGUGGGACCAUCGAUGACUCGGCACAAUCUCAGGACAGAGAGGGCGGAGUUGACUGCGACAGUGACAUCACAUUCGGAGAAAUGGAACAAAGGCUGGACUUGCUGCAGGAACACCUGAACAGGUUGGAGGUUCAGAUGACGUCCGACAUUCAGGCCAUCCUGCAGAUGCUGCAGAGACAGAGCGCCCUGGGGCCUCCAGCCUACAGCACUUUAGCCUCGAGCCCUGAAUACCACAAACCAGCCAUCAGAGUGCAGCCUGUUAUUGCUGUCCACACACAGAGUCCUGAUUUAGAAAAUCAGCCUAGUGACAGAGACAAACCCAAAGACUGUACAUGUCCCACUACCAUGGAGACGACCUCUGAUGUGAGCAGGAUAAAAGACACUGAGUGGGAAGCGGAGCGAAGACCGACACAGGAAAAGGAGUCCUCUGGGUCGCUGUGUCAGAGGGCUCUUCAGCUGUCACUCAGACAGACGUCCCUCCCUGAUUCGGCUCCUCACAAAGGCACAAUGCCAGGACUCCACCGGCCCUCUUCUGACCCCGGGCUUCCAGGGAACCAGCAUUAGGUCAUCAUCAGAUUAAUCCACAGAAUGCAAACGUGUUUAUAAUGCAUUAUAACCAUAUCUGGAAGUAGGAUACCAGAGUCGUUCUCCUCUUGCACGGAACACUGGAAACCAGCGCACGCUAGACUCAGGGUACAGAGUGAAAGUGUUUGUGUGUGAGAGAGAGAAGAAAAACUCUGAAAUGAAAUGAAAUUCGGUAUGCAAAGUACAAUAUAUUGAUUAUCUUCCAAUUUUUUUUUUUUGGUUGUUUGGGGGAGGGGGGUUGACGCCAGCAAACUUCGAAUGUAUUUCUUCAGUGUGACUGCACAUGCAACCGUAGCAAACGAAGAGCUGCAUGCUGAGAAGAAUGUGAUGUUUUUGUUGCAUGAUUAUGUAUAUUCAAAAAUGUCAUGCUGCUUGUCACAUGACUUGGGCAUGUUCCCCCCUCCCCCCCUCAAAUAUGAAUUUUGGUCAAGAAAGCGGUCUAUUUAUUAUAUAAUAUAAUAUAUUCUCCUGGAUUUCAGGAGCAGGCUUUACUUGGACAGAAUCUAGCCAAGAACCAAUAUCAUCUCAGAAUAUAACCACGUGCUGUGUUCAAAUGGUCCCCUACUCGCAAGUAGUCGUCAUCACUGCAGGACAAAAAGUCCAUGAGGUAGAGUCCUACCUGGCCAAAGUCAAGGGGGUAGGUUUAUAGGAGGAGUUGGAUCAGGAGCAGAAUUUGUGACCUGAAGUAAAUGGUUGCAUAAACUCAACAAAAAUAAAAACUUUACACUCGUUUCAAAGUCAAUAAUUUGAACAUUUUGGAAAAUAAUGAUUGUAUUCAAUUAUCUUGUCAUUAAAGAUGCUAUAGCAUACAGAUCAUGUUUGUCAUGGAAUCGGUUCCACCGGAAAUGCGACGACAAUGUCCAUGAUCAAAAACCGUGAGUCACAACUUAAUGGAAUCAUGUCAAUAUCGGGUAUGUCCUCCAUGGGCGUUCACAACUGCGAUACAACGUCUCCUCAUGGAUUGGAUGAUGCGUCUGAACACAGCUUGGGGAAUGCGCCGCCAUAUUUGUACCAACAUGGCACCAAGUUCUGUGGAGGGUUCCAGUGGUGCCAGUUUGAUGGAGACGUGUCUGGAGAUUAUGGAUGGUCUGUCGACUGCAUCCCAUAACCCUCGCAACGUCAGUGACGGAUGUUCCCGUAUUCAGCAUGCCAAUGGCACGUUCACACAAUGUUUGACAGUCGUGGCAUUGCAAAUUAACGAAUAAUUAACCAUAAAACCUUGUUUUUCUGAGAUGACACUCUACUCUGAGAUCAAUUGCAUGUGUAUCAAUAGGUCGUGUCACGUGGAAACGUGAUUUUAGCGUGCAGUGCUCUCGCACGUGCUACGUAGGCCCGACCAGUAGAAUGAAUGUGUGACGUGAUGCCCUUGACAAUGCAUUUAACCAUAAUCACAACAAGAAGUCUUUCUUUCAAGAAAAGUUUCUAAACACUAUUUGAAAAAUGAGUGUCAAGUUUUUAUU